AUGCACCCCCGUCUGUUGCAUACCCUAGUGCUACUUGACCCGGUCAUCCAGCGUCAAACCACUCAGCUGGACGGAUACAGCCUGCGCGAGAACAAACGUAUCAUUGCAAAGACAACGCAGCUCUCCACACACCGCCGUGACAUCUGGCCCUCCCGCAAGGAUGCCGCGGAUGGAUUCAAACGUAGUCCAUUCUAUCAGGCCUGGGACCCCCGCGUCCUAGAGUCGCUGGGUAGAAUAUGGCCUGCGCGAUCUUCCAACGCCCACUCACCCGCUCGACGGAAAGCCCGUAGAUGCGAAGAAUCCGCCCGUCACCUUGCGGACCACACUGCAUCAGGAGGUCUUCACCUUCUCACGACCAAACUAUAA